AUGGAGGCUGAGCCUUCAUUAGGCACUUGUCACCGGGUGGAUGUCGGAAUCACAGUUCGUGUCCAUGGCCCAGCAGAGAAGUAUCACAACUCAUUCAGUGCCCAGUUGAUGAUGAAUGGAGAAAGGCUGUGCCCAAGCAAAACUGAUAUGAAAAAUCUAACACUUGCCUCAGAAUUCUAUCUCAUGGCACUCUCAGAGGACCCAGAACUGCAGCACGUCCUCUUUGGACUGUUCCUGUCCAUGUACCUGGUCACGGUGCUUGGGAACCUGCUCAUCAUCCUGGCUGUCAGCUCUGACCCCCACCUCCACACCCCCAUGUACCUCUUCCUCGCCAACCUGUCCUUGGCUGAUAUUGGUUUCAUCUCCACCACGGUCCCAAACAUGAUUGUGGGCAUCCAGACUCAGAGCAGAGCCAUCUCCUAUGAAGGCUGCCUGACACAGAUGUCUUUUUUUCUCAUUUUCGGGUGUAUGGAUGGUAUGCUUCUGACUGUGAUGGCUUAUGACCCAUUUGGGGUCCUCUGUCUCCCCCUGUAUAACCCAGUAAUCAUGCACCCUCACCUCUGUAGCUUCUUAAUAUUAAUGUCUUUUCUGGUUAGCCUUUUGGACUGCCACCUGCACAGUUUGAUCAUGUUAAAUUUUCCCUACUUUAAGGAUGUGGAAAUUGCUAAUUUCUUCUGUGACCCUUCUCAGCUCCUUAAUCUGGCCUGUUCUGAUACUUUCACCAGUAAUAAAUUCACGUGUCUUCCUGCUGCCAUUUUUGGAGUUUACCCAUCUAUAGGGAUCCUUUUCUCUUACUGUAAAAUUGUUCCCUCCAUUCUGAGAAUCCCAUCCUCAGGGGGGAGGUACAAAGCCUUCUCCACCUGUGAGUCUCACCUGUCAGAUGUUUGCUUUUCUUUUGGAACAGGCUUUGGAGUGUGCCUUGGAUCAGCUGUCUCACAUUCUCCUAGGAAGGGUGCAGUGGCCUCAGUGAUGUACACUGUGGUCACCCCCAUGCUGAACCCCUUCAUCUACAGCCUGAGGAACAGGGACAUUAAAAGUGCCUUGCGGAGUCUUCUCAGGAAGACAAUUUAA